CCAUGGAAACCUCCGAUGGGAAAACUAACACAGAGCAGACAAGGCAGGCGGGUCAGACGUGACGUCCGAACAGUUGGUCUCGGGGUGUGUCCUUCCAGCUGCAGGUGUUAUUCCACAUAUAAGAAGUUGUUGACGGUAGACGGUAACAAAGAGCGGGAGAGCGUCGCAGACAUGGAUUUUACUCGGUUAUUGUCGCUGCUGAUCCUUUUCUGCUGGUUUUCCGUCUCUGAUGCCAAAGGUAAAGGACGGGGGUUCAUCGGGUUUCAGGACCCUGAAAACUCUGGACAAGUUGUUGUGGACCAGGCAACAUCUGACACACUGAAGAGUAGCCUCACCACAGUCUUCCUCCCAAUUACCUACAUCAUUGUGUUUGCGGUGGGGCUUCCUGCCAACGGCAUGGCCAUCUGGGUAUUUCUCUUUAGGACCAAGAAGAAGCACCCAUCAUCGAUCUACAUGGCCAACCUGGCUCUGUCUGACCUGCUUUUUGUCAUUUGGACGCCCCUAAAAAUUUCUUACCAUUUGAACGGCAACAACUGGAUCUACGGAGAGCCGCUGUGCAAAGUCCUCGUGAGCUUCUUCUAUGGAAACAUGUAUUGCUCCAUUCUUUUCAUCACCUGCCUCAGUGUGCAGAGGUACUGGGUUGUGGUCCACCCUCUGUCCCAGCAGAGGAAGAACAACAAAGUGGCUGUUGGUGUCUGUGUGGUCAUCUGGGCUUUCAUCUGGCUCACCACUACGCCUCUGUACCUGUAUGACCACACCGCCAAACUCAAAGACCCCAACAUAACCACGUGCCACGAUGUCAACUUUAUACAGGACCCCCUCAAUCCAUUCCCUUCCGUCCAGUUCCCCUACUACUACUUCACAUUCAUGGGUAUGGUUGUGUUCCUCGUCCCUUGUAUAGUGAUCAUUGUGGCCUAUGUUCUGUUGCUCAGGGCUCUGGGGAACCGCAUGGAGGACAGUACGGCAGCAAAGAACCACCACAAAGCCGUGGUUUUGAUUGUGAUCGUCCUGGUGACAUUCCUGGUGUGUUUCAUCCCCAGUAACAUCAUGCUGGUGGUGCAUUACUCUCUACUUAAGGAUGGAGUGAAAAAUAAUGGCUAUGGCUUCUACAUCUCCACAUUAUGCCUGGCCAGCCUCAACAGCUGCCUGGACCCGUUUAUCUACUACUUUGUGUCUGAGGACUUCAGAAACCACGUGAAGAACACUCUGCUGUGCAGGAGCAGCAGGACUGUGGAGCGGAUGAGAGUUUCAUUCAGUUCCAUGAAAUAUUCCAGGAAGAGCAAGUCAUAUGUGUCGGAUAGUGGGAACACACAGAGCAGUAGCUGUUAAGCAGAUAAAAGAGAGCAAAGAAAGACUCUGAUAAGACAUCCCGCAUCAUGCCUGUGCUUGUACUCUGGUGUACUCAAAACCUUACGGCACUGGGAAUCAGUAAAUAGGUCAGGCGCAACCAGUUUACCUCAACGCAUCAGAUAACCAAAGAUGAAUUUUAAAUGUGAAGAUGACUGUGUUGGGAUGGGGGCAGAGUACAUUUUAAGAUGUAUAUAACUUCAUUAUGAACUGUUGUUAAAAUGUUAAACAUUUUAAAUGUGUUAAAAUGUGAAACAUGAAUACAUAUUUUUAUAUAUAUAUAUAUAUAUAUAUAUAUAUAUAUAUAUAUAUAUAUAUAUAUAUAUAUAUAUAUAUAUAGAGAGAGAGAGAGAGGCCUGUUAAAAACUGACAUUUAGUCCUCCCUGGCUUCACACAAUGUCCGAUAAAUGUGUUUUUUGCCAAGAUUUUGACUGCCUAGUUCACUGCACUAAAGACCAUCUAAAGCAAAUGACAUCGGUAAUAAAAUAACCAAAUGAACAAGCGUGUAUAGUGUAAGUUAUGACUUUGAUGAAGGUGUCAGUGUAGCUUUAGUCAAAUCAAUGACAGAAAAUGUGUACUUAAUAUUCAUUCCGUUUUUUUUCUUCUUGCCUGCUCAGCACAUUCCUGCACCCAGCAAGUUUUAUCUUGUCAUUUUAAACCACUUGUGCGAAAGUUUUUUUAAUUUAGUUUUGAGUUUGAAAGUUAUGAGGAAAAAAUGUGGUAUUGUUGCUAGUUUCUUAAAUAAAUGAUAAAACAACA